GCAAUUUAACACAUUUGGUUAUGCUAGCUUUUUAUGGCGCGUUGAGCGAGCACACAAAACAGCUGUUCAAAGAAUAGAAAACAGCUGAGCGUAACUCGGGGUGAACAAAAAUUACAUCGCUUGCUGUGUGGGUAAACAAAAGUAAGGAAAAAAAUAAACAUGCAAUGUGGAUGUGGGACGCACACUUGCUGAUAAGAACAAACAGCGCACGCGAAGAGCGACAGCGUCUCAAUUGUAACAUCGCCAGCCACAGUUGUCGUCACAAUGAGUCUGACAAAAAAACGCCUUAAAAUUGUUUCGGCCACCUCAAUAAUCGCUCUGGCACUUAUCUAUUUGUACAAAACUGUGUUGGAGGCCUCGGUCAGCGAGCCGGGCGGCAGCCCCAUGCUGAAUGCGGUUGAGGAACAACGCCAGUGGCCACCCACCGAGGAUGCUGUCCAAAGGAAUUUGCAGAUCGCCUACGAGGCGCAAAAUGCGCUGUUGCAUCAACAGCGUCAGGAGAUGCUGCAGACCAAGAAGCAGCUGGCCCAUUUGGAGGAGCAGGUGCGCUCCCUUCAGGCGAGCACGCCGCGCAAAUAUCCGAAAGUCAAGUAUCUGAACUACAAGAAUCGCAAGCGUAUUUUGAUAACGGGCGGUGCCGGCUUUGUCGGCUCCCAUCUGGUGGACUAUCUGAUGAUCCAGGGACACGAGAUCAUUGUGGUCGAUAAUUUCUUUACGGGUCGCAAACGCAACGUGGAACACUGGCUGGGCCACGAGAACUUCGAGCUGAUCCAUCACGACAUUGUGAAUCCGCUGUUCAUUGAGAUCGAUGAGAUUUAUCAUCUGGCUUCGCCCGCUUCCCCGCCGCACUACAUGUACAAUCCGGUCAAGACGAUAAAGACCAACACAAUGGGCACCAUCAAUGUCCUGGGCCUGGCCAAGCGCGUCAUGGCCAAGGUGCUGAUUGCCAGCACAUCGGAGGUGUACGGCGAUCCCCAGGUGCAUCCGCAGCCAGAGACCUACUGGGGACACGUGAAUCCCAUUGGUCCGCGCGCCUGCUACGAUGAGGGCAAACGCGUCUCCGAGACGCUCAGCUAUGCCUAUGCCAAGCAGGAAAAGGUGCAAGUGCGGGUGGCGCGCAUCUUCAACACGUACGGGCCGCGGAUGCACAUGAACGAUGGCCGUGUGGUGUCCAACUUUAUACUACAGGCGCUGCGGAACGAGACGAUCACCGUUUAUGGCAAUGGCAAGCAGACGCGUUCGUUUCAAUAUGUAUCGGAUCUGGUGGAUGGAAUGAUAGCGUUGAUGGCGUCCAAUUACACGCAGCCGGUGAAUCUGGGCAAUCCCGUGGAGCAGACAAUUGGCGAGUUUGCGAACAUCAUCAAGCAUCUGGUGGGCGGGCAGAGCGAGGUCAAACAGAUCAAGGCCAUGGAGGAUGAUCCGCAGCGACGCAAGCCGGACAUAACGCGGGCCAGGAAGCUGCUCAACUGGGAGCCAAAGGUGCCGCUCGAGACGGGUCUGCUGCAGACCAUAUCGUAUUUUCGCAAUGAGCUCGCGCGCAGCGAUCGAUUCCAGGAGAACUCCAAUAAGUACUUUGAUUCGCCCGAUCUGCAGCGCAGUCGACCGUAAAUCAAAGUAAAUCCUAAACCCUAAACAAUAUCAAUAAUAUUUGUGUGCCUGUCAAAAGCCAAUUAAUGUAAUUGGCAAACACGUCUCUAGUCUGCAAAAUGUAAAUAUGACCAACGAUAGCGCUAAUCUUAUGGCUUCCUAAACCCAAUCCCCGAUAAGCACGCUCUCGACAGUCUCUACCACGUUUGUUAAGAGUCUACAAUGUAAGCAACAAAGGGUAUUCGCAACACUUAGCUGUUCCCGGUGUCAUCUAGUUGAUAUAGAUUCUAUUGUACAAUUAAUUCAACUGUUAACUUUCAUAGUUCAUCGUUGCAAACGGAAUACCCUAUGCCAAAGACAAUAUAUUAUUAACUAUUUAUAUUGUCUUUGCCCAAACUAUAUAAUUAGUGCAUAAGUCUGCCUCUUUUGAGAUGCCCUUGCAGCAGAUUAAUUUGAUUGUCUAUCUGUAGUAAAACUUGGCAUAUAUUCGCCUUUUGCCGCAGGCAUUCCAUAUGUCUGAGUCAUGGAAUCAGUAUCAUAUAGUUUUAUAGUAACUAUUGGUCGAAAAUUAAAUUCUUGAAAGCUUUUUAGUUCUGUAUUGUAACUAAAUUCACCAAGUACAA